AGCAUGGGAUCGACGUUCAACGAGACAUUAUUCACCUUCUUCUCGACCUGGUUCUCCAUUUGCCUCUACAAACAGCAAAAAUAUUUAGCCAAGAGAAUAUGGAAAUCCUCAUGGACACCCAAGGUUAUGCAGAGCCUGGAUGUGUCGGAUUCGUACCGGCUAAAACCACACUCCGGUGCAAUUAGGCCAUUGUGGAAGAUCCCGGAAUUGUCAAGAAGAGACACAUCGAGAUCGUCCACAGCCCGUAUAAUUACUGAGAAAAAAAGGCUACAAACUGCAUUCUGUAUUGGCCAGCUUGCUGCGGGAGCUUCUAGGAUGAAGAGAGGCGUCUCGCGAGGAUGAUGCGCGCAAGAGUU